CGGAGCUUUUCUUUUAUUUUUUUCGCUCGCUGGAAGAAACAGGACAGUCGUGUCGGUGCCAAGGAGGAGAAGGCGUAGACUUCCUCCUGACAUUUCCUUCGCUGCUUUCUCUGCUUUGAAUCUCGGGUUUUGUGCAGCUUUUGCUCCGAUCAGAGGUUGUUUCUUUUUGCCUUUUAUACAUUUUUAUAGUUUUUCCUUUUUAACUACUGGUUUUAUCUCAGAAGAACAGGGGACAUUUGACAUCUUAACUCCUGCAGAUAUGAACUGGGGAUCAGAUUUGUGGGACCAGUAUGAUGUCAUCGACAAGCACACGCAGUCUGGCCUUGACCUGGCGGAGCGUUACAUAAAGUUUGUGAAGGAGCGCUCAGAGAUUGAGCAGACCUAUGCAAAGCUACUCAGAAACCUGACAAAGAAGUAUCUCAAACGAGGACACAAAGAUGAACAGGACUGCAAAUAUAGCAAUUAUGCAUCUUUCCAGGAUAUCCUGGCUGAGUUGAACGAUUAUGCCGGGCAACGUGAGCUCAUUGCUGAAAACAUGAUUGAAAGCAUCUGUAACAACCUCAGCAAGUACCUGCAGGAACUCAAACAGGAGCGAAAAAACCACCUGUCUGAUGCCAGGAAAGCCCAGCAGAGUUUAGACAGCAGCUUAAAACACCUGGAGAGUACGAAGAAGCGCUUCGCCAAGGAGUGGGCGGAGGCUGAAAAAACUGUACAGCAAGUGGAGAGGCUAGAGAACGACCCUAAUUCCACUAAGCUUGAUGUUGAGAAAGCCAAGCAUGUUGCUAAUGCACGUACACGUGCAGCUGAAGAGUGCAGGAAUGACUACGCAGCAGAGCUCCAGAAAUACAACAAGGAACAGAACUGCUACUACUAUGUAGAGAUACCACAGAUCUUCAACAAGCUGCAGGACCUGGACGAGAACAGGAUCCGUAAGAUGGCGGAGGGCUACUGCAAGUUCUCAGACAUUGAGAAGAAUGUUCUGCCCAUCAUCUCCAGGUGUCUAGAGGGAAUCACUGCAGCGGGGACAAAAAUUGAUGAGAAACAGGACUCCUUACUUUUCAUAGAGCAAAACAAGUCUGGGUUUGAACGGCCAGCAGAUGUGGAAUUUGAAGACUACACCCAGGGAAUUAAAGUAUCAAACUCAGACACCAUCCUCAAUCAGCCCAAACUGCGCCCCAAGCUGCGGCUGUUCAGGAAGCACAAGCAAGCUGCUGCAGAGGAUUUCUCCCACCUUCCUCCUGAGCAGAGAAAGAAGAAGUUGCAAGCAAAGAUUGACGAUAUCAGUAAAGAUCUGCAAAAGGAGCAAGACCAAAGUGACGCGCUGGAGAAGAUGAAGGAUGUGUACGUGAAGAAUUCACAGUUGGGAGACCCUGCCAGGCUGGAGCCUCAAAUCUGUCAAACAAACCAGAAAAUAGGCCACCUGAAGGGGGAGCUCGCUAAAUACGAGACGUGGUUAUCAGAAGCAGUGGGAGGAGAGGAGUCUUCCAACAACACCAACAAUAACUCUCAGCACAGCCUUGAAAUGACCAGCGACCCUUCCCAGAACAUCUACACAGAUUUUGAUGAAUUUGAUGACAUUGAGAUGCCCGUCGGCCAGUGCACCGCUCUCUACACCUUUGAAGGCAACAACGAAGGAACCAUUUCCAUUAUGGAGGGAGAGCUGUUGACUGUUAUGGAGAAGGAUAAAGGAGACGGAUGGAUGAGAGUCCUUAGAGCUUCUGGAGAGGAAGGUUAUAUACCUUCCUCUUAUGUCAAAAUCAACGCCUAACUUCCGUCUCGGAAUUUGUUCGAGAAAUUUAAAAGCGGGAGGUGAAUGCAAAGUCAUUCCAGAUAAUUGUAGCUGAUCUCUACAGCUUUUAUCUCAGCCAGUGAUGGUUUGGUGAGAUGGAUGUGUGUGAUCACAAAGGCUGAUUACGGUCCAACAUGCCACCCCUCUCAGCUCUCUGUACCAUCAGAUAGUGUCUUAUGAUGCAGACAGUCAGAGUCGUGUCCUCCUCACCCUAGUUAUUUACAACACACACAAAGAUUCUGUUACUGUGUGAGCACAAAAACUCAUGACAAUGUGUUUGUUUAUGCCAACACUUAUGCUGAGCUGUAAAGCUCUGGUUACAACUAGUUCUAAUAACCUGCUGAAAUUAUCAUUUAAUAUUCUAAUUUUCUGCUCAAACCACUUUCCUGAUGAAAUUAUGUGAUAAUGUCUUUUAACUGCAAUAAUAAUCACUGUAUGGUUGAGAGUAUGGUGUGUGUGUGUGUGUAUAUAUAUAUAUAUAUAUAUAUAUAUAUAUGUGUUUAUAUAUAUAUAUACACAUAUAUAUUUGUAUAAAUAUAGAUACAUACAUAUAUAUGUAUAUGUAUGUAUAUGUAUAUAUAUAUGUAUAUAUAUGUAUAUGUAUAUAUAUAUGUAUAUAUAUGUAUAUGUAUAUGUAUAUAUAUAUAUAUAUAUAUAUAUAUAUAUAUAUAUAUAUAUAUAUAUAUAUAUAUAUAUAUAUAUAUAUAUAUAUAUAUACACACACAUAUAUAUAUGACUCGGUCCCCUGUGAAGGUAAAAGCGGGGUUCACAAAUUAAAUGUCUGUCCAUAUAAACUGAAUAGUGUCCAUGCAAAGAGUGAGUGGUAUCCCAUUUAUUCCUGUAAUUCUCUCCUGAUGUACUUCCAGCAUUAAUGUAACAUCUUUUGUAUCAAACAUUACAAUAAAGUGUUUUUUCUAA